AUGACCAAUGAUACACUAGUGAAGGCCGACCCUAAUCAGUGCUCAGCUGUGGCUCAAAGCUACGGCGACAGGGUGGAACACUUUCGGGUGCUGGAGGGGGGCGGUCAGUACUGCAUCUGGGACGAGUCGUUUUGUUCCCUCAACCGGUUGGUGGAUUUCUACAGAACUCACAGUAUCGCCGUGGAGAAAGUGGUCUGCCUCAGAGACCCUCCCUCCUCCCCUCGCCUGCUGUCCCAGCCUGGACACAACCCUUAUCCCAACCCUUAUAAAAGCAGCUCUCAGGAGUCUCUCCCCUCAGCCCGCCUCUACUCUCACCACUCUCACCCUGAAAAGGAGUCCUCCCCAUGUCUGCGUGAACCAGUCGUGGGGAAACCUCGUCUGGCUCACGCCCUCUGUGACUACACCCCCCCUCAGAACGCCCACCUCCACUUCCUGCGCGGUGACGUCAUCGACCUGCUGGACUGCUCGAGCUCGCUGACCUGGAGGGGACGCUGUCGAGGCCGUGUGGGAAUCUUUCCGCCAGAGUACGUCCAGCCGCUGUACCACUGACACCAUAUCAAAGGGAACACCAUCAGUAUCAUGGCUGUAUCACUGACUCUCAGGCUGUAGUGACUUACCUCAUUUAUUAUUAGUCCAUCAAUUAGUCCAUCGACCCGAAAAUUCAUUGAUAGCUAUUUGUUUUUAUUUUACAGGCCUCAAAACGUAUUUUCUCAAUAAUCUUUGGGGUGUGAUAGUAUUAUCUGCUAAAGUUGGUACAGUUUUGGUUAUUUCACGUGAUGAUUUGAUGAUGAAUGAUUAUUGUGUUUCUAUUUUUCUCUGUGCUCCUGAAGUGUCCAUGGAUUGACUUCCAAUCAGGAUAUAAUCAUAUUUUAAUCUGACUCUGAUGAUCAAACCCCACUUACACAGUCCUGAAUUGUUUUCUGAGUGUUUAAACUGUAAAUUAUACCUAAAGAGGUUUUUGUAACAUCGAUUAUUGCUUAUUUAAUCACAAGCAAUUAAUGUAACUAUUUUAACAUCAAAGUCUAAUUAUAGGUAUUGAGGAGUACUA